UCGAUCCUAUUAUGUAUUUGGGGCUCCAGGAUCUUUUCAUGGUAGAUUAUUUCUGUCGCGAUCAAUACAUUUUGCACAUUCUUCUUGUGCUAUACAUUGAUUAUCUAAGAUUCCAAAAGAAUUAUUAGAUGAAAAAUCUCCAGCAUGGAAUAAGGGAUUGAUUCACUAUGUAGGUGCAUCAAAUAUUGAAGUAGUGAAUGCUUAUGUUGCUCAAUUUGAAAAGGACAUGGAAAUGUUCUUCAAUGUAAGAGCUGGGGAAAUUGUUCCUGGAGGAAUGAUGGUGUUUGUUUCACCAUUUUCAUGUUAUAUACGUCUCAUGGGAUUUUUCAGUUCUAGUCUUAUGGAUUUGGUGAAUGAGGGAAAACUAGAUGAAUCUCUAGUUGAUUCAUUCAAUUUGCCAAUGUAUUUUCCUUCUCCUCAAGACAUGACUAAAGUGGUGGAGAAAAAUGGUUGUUUUAGCAUUGAGAUGAUGGGGUUGAGAUAGACCAAAUCAAAG